GCGGAGGAGCGGGCGCCGCGAUGGCCGAGGGCAGCGCCGUGUCCGACCCUCAGCACGCCGCGCGCCUGCUGCGGGCGCUCAGCUCUUUCCGCGAGGAGUCCCGGUUCUGCGACGCGCACCUGGUCCUGGACGGGGAGGAGAUCCCGGUGCAGAAGAACAUCCUGGCGGCGGCCAGCCCGUACAUCAGGACAAAGUUAAACUAUAAUCCUCCAAAAGAUGAUGGAUCCACUUAUAAGAUUGAACUUGAAGGGAUAUCGGUAAUGGUUAUGAGAGAGAUCCUGGAUUACAUCUUCAGCGGGCAGAUCAGGCUCAACGAAGACACAAUCCAAGACGUUGUCCAGGCAGCCGACCUGCUGCUACUGACGGACCUAAAAACCCUGUGCUGCGAGUUCCUAGAAGGCUGCAUCGCAGCCGAGAACUGCAUCGGCAUCCGCGACUUCGCGCUGCACUACUGCCUGCACCACGUGCAUUACCUGGCCACCGAGUUCCUGGAGACGCACUUCCGGGAUGUGAGCAGCACGGAGGAGUUCCUCGAGCUCAGUCCUCAGAAGCUCAAGGAGGUGAUUUCUCUAGAGAAGCUGAACGUUGGCAACGAAAGAUACGUGUUUGAAGCAGUGAUCCGGUGGAUAGCGCACGACACUGGAGUAAGAAAGGUCCACAUGAAGGACGUCAUGUCAGCACUCUGGGUCUCGGGGUUGGACUCCAGUUACUUGCGGGAACAGAUGCUGAAUGAACCGUUAGUGCGAGAAAUUGUCAAAGAGUGCAGCAACAUCCCCCUCAGCCAGCCGCAGCAGGGCGAGGCGAUGCUGGCCAACUUCAAGCCGAGGGGCUACUCGGAGUGCAUCGUCACGGUCGGCGGGGAGGAGCGAGUCUCUCGAAAACCAACCGCAGCCAUGCGCUGUAUGUGCCCCCUCUACGACCCCAACAGGCAGCUCUGGAUUGAGCUGGCCCCCCUGAGCAUGCCCAGGAUCAACCACGGCGUGCUCUCGGCAGAAGGAUUUCUGUUCGUAUUCGGGGGCCAAGAUGAAAACAAGCAGACCUUGAGCUCCGGAGAAAAGUACGACCCUGAUGCCAACACGUGGACUGCACUACCCCCCAUGAACGAGGCCAGACACAACUUCGGGAUUGUGGAGAUCGAUGGCAUGCUGUACAUCUUAGGAGGGGAGGAUGGCGAGAGGGAGCUCAUCUCCAUGGAGUGCUAUGACAUUUAUUCAAAAACGUGGACGAAGCAAUCCGAUCUGACCAUGGUCAGAAAGAUUGGCUGCUAUGCAGCUAUGAAAAAGAAAAUCUAUGCCAUGGGCGGAGGGUCCUACGGAAAGCUGUUUGAGUCUGUGGAAUGCUACGAUCCGAGGACACAGCAGUGGACGGCGAUCUGCCCGCUGAAGGAGAGGAGGUUUGGGGCAGUGGCCUGUGGCGUCGCCAUGGAGCUCUACGUGUUUGGCGGAGUCCGAAGCCGAGAGGACAUCCAGGGCAGUGAGAUGGUCACCUGCAAGUCUGAGUUCUACCAUGACGAGUUUAAAAGGUGGAUCUAUCUCAACGACCAGAAUCUGUGCAUCCCCGCCAGCUCCUCGUUCGUGUAUGGCGCUGUCCCUAUCGGAGCCAGCAUUUAUGUAAUCGGAGACCUGGACACAGGCACCAAUUACGACUACGUGCGGGAGUUUAAGAGAAGCACCGGGACCUGGCACCACACGAAGCCGCUGCUCCCGUCUGAUCUCCGCCGCACCGGGUGUGCGGCCUUACGCAUCGCCAACUGCAAGCUCUUCCGCCUGCAGCUGCAGCAGGGCCUGUUCCGGAUCCGAGUCCACUCGCCCUGAAGAGCCGAGCAGCAGGCAGGUCCCGCCGGCGCGCACGCACAGCGCAGCCUAGCCCAGCCCAUCACCCGAGACCUGCUCUGUAGGGCGUGGGUAUGGCCACUCCGCUUAGAAGCUUGCAGGGAGGUCGUGUAACUGUUGCAAAGCUAGCUCCUCCAGCUGAGGCGUCCGCAGAGCAUGGAGGGUGGUGAACCUGGAGGGCAGGAGGGCUGGAGGGGGUGGGAACCGGGCCAGGUAAGCGGAGAGUCCCAAGAGCCCCUUUGCCCAAGAGGGCAUGGGGGUGCUGGACUCCUGUCAUCAAGGGUGUGGCUUUGGUAAACCAACGACAGAUCCAUAUAUGCAAAUCAACAUAUCCAAACAUAGCAAGAGUGUGUUCUGCUACGCCCCGAUGGGUGUGCCAUGCCGAACCUACCAGGGAGUGGGGUUUGUGCCUAACGCGUUCCACGGCACUCUGCCGGUUAGUCUCCAUUUACCACUAGUGCUCUGUCCUAAGAAUCUUCUUUCAAACUGUAUCCUGAUGGACUGAAACCAAGGUAAAAUUUCUCCGUGAAGACUGGGCCGAUGGCUGCGUCCCGCUGCAGCCCUGCGUGCGUCUCGAUUCUGGUGUUGUGCUGUGGUUUCUGGCGGGGAGUUUUUGGGGUGCAAAGGCUCACACGAUGACAUUCCCCUCUGGUGGUCACAGCCAUUUUAUUUCUGGGAGGAGACUUUAGAAGAGAAAGACCCAAGUCAGACAACAAGAAAGGACUGCUAUGACUUAGGAAAAAAAAAAAAAAGACUGUCUAAUAGGAUGCGUAGGGAUCAAAAACUUUUUAAUAUAAUCUGCCUGAAAGCACACAAAGUCCUGUUUACUACUGUGUAGCGUUCCAGAACGCGUCUUGAGAGUGUGAGUCUGUGUUAAGAAUCUAGUCUUUGUGAGCGUAUUUCCAAUGCUAUUCUCUGGUGAGAGUUUUAGACAAAUUAUGUUCUGAGUAACAUUUGGCUGGUAGAAUAAACUACCUCAAGUUAAUUUCAUUCUGUUCCUAGUAGAGCAGAUUUCCUCUCUCCUCUCCCCCGUGUCCUGUCAGUCCAUUUUCCCAGCCCUCCUCCCCUCUUCUCACUGGGAGAAAAGAAUUCUUUCAUUUAGCCAGACUUACCUUGUUACUUUGGUUUCAUCAAAUUACCUUGUGUGAAAUCAGGGACUUCAAAGUGCUUGAUUACUUCAUAGUUUGAAUUUUAUGCAAUAUCAAAUUUCUAAUCAAUUUACUAUCGAGUUCAUUUCUAAUUGUUUUCUAUGGCUUUUUUUCUCUUAGAAUCGGGUUACAAGGACAUGGUAACGUUUUGUCUUAAUGAUUCAUAAAUGUGUAAAUACAUCCUCUGGUGUAACUUGGAGAACAGGGAUUUCUUGUAGAAGCUUCCUGUUGGGGAUGUGCGUGUGCUGCUCACAACAUGCACACGAACCACCACUGUGUCUUCCCACCCGAGGACACGAGAAGGGAGACCCUCCUCCUGCAGGUCAGUCAACUCGUGGGAGAGGCCGCAGAGAAUGUCAGGCGUGACACCGUAGCACUCCGCUCUGGGCCAGAAGAGACGGUGUCCGGUGUUUAUCUUCCCCUGGAAGCCCUGAGCCGGGUGUGCAGCACAUCCCUACAGCCCAGUCAUUCAGGGCCAGUCUGUGAGGCUUUGAGUGUAUUGUUUGUCGGGCACCUGUGGACAGCGCAUUCCCCAAGGCGUUAGGUAGCUUUUCACCAAAGCAAACCACGUGAUCACCACAAAGCAAGAACACCCGCUUUCUGUGAUGAGCUGCUAGUCUGCUUUGGUGAAAUAUCCUGUGUGGACGCUGCUGUGGGGACACGGUGACAUCUUGUGAUGGCCAUGAUGGUCCGCAGUGUGCGUGUAAUGCUCGACAUUUAAAAUUCCUGCUGGUCCCCGCCAAGCCUUCCCCGGGAGUCAGUGGUCCCGUUGCGCUGUGAGCAGCACCCGCAGGACUUGGUGAAUUCACCUCAGAAACCUCAGAUUCAUGUUCAGUUCAGUUCAUCGAUGCCGUAGCUGCAGAAAUCAGACAAGGUUUUGUAAACUAAAUUUGCCAAGAUGCAAUAACCACCAAAAGCUGCUUGGUGCCAAACGUCUUUUUCCUGUAUAUAAAUCGUGCCCUGCCCUGUUGAAGCGUUGGGUGUGUUUAAUUUUCUUCUGUUCUAAAAUAAUCAUGACCUUUUUUGUUUUUGUAAACUGCACUAAUUUCAGUAUUGUGAAAUAAAUUAUAACUCAUUUCAUGCA